UCCUAACGGUAGAUGACUCUAUUUUCAUGUUUGACACAUCGUGUUUUUAAAAGUUGAAAGUUCCAAAAGAUCUCUUCAAAUUUUGUUUAUGCUGGUUCAUUAUUUAAUUUAAUCGAAUAUCUGCAAUGGAUGUCGGUGAACUUUUAUCUUUCAAGCCAAAACAAAACCCAAAACGAGAUGUCGCAGAUGAUGACAAAGAGCCAGAGUUUGAACGUCCUGGAAAGAAACUUAAACAGUUUCCAACCAGUAAUGUAAAACCAAACCCAAGAUCAACAGCCACAUAUAUUGCUCCUCCAGUUGUUGAAACUCCAGAAAAAGAAGAAUUGCUCAAAUUGGUAGAGCAAGAUGAAGGUUCUGAAAGCCUUGAUGAAGCCUCCCUAAAGAGAAUGAUUCUAAAUUUUGAAAAGCGGGUUCUGAAGAAUCAAGAACUACGUGUUAAAUUUCCAGAUGCGCCUGAGAAGUUUAUGGAAUCAGAAUUGGAAUUGCAUGAAGCAAUUCAACUGAUGCAUGCACUUGCAACAGUGCCUGAACUAUACACAGUAGGUGUUGAACAAAAGCUUAUACCAACAUUGCUAGGUCUAUUGUCACAUGACAAUGCAGACAUUUCUGUCGCUGUGGUCAAUUUGCUUCAAGAAUUGACUGACAUUGAUACUCUGAAUGAAAGUCAAGAUGAAGCUGCAAUUCUAAUUGAUGCACUCCUGGACCAGCAAAUCUGUGCCCUCCUAGUCCACAACCUGGAAAGACUAAACGAAGCUCAAACAGAAGAAUCUGACGGAGUUCACAAUACACUAGCCAUUGUGGAAAACUUAACGGAAAUUAGGCCUGAAGUGUGUCAACAAGCAGCCCAACAGGGGUUGCUGAGUUGGAUAAUGAAGCGGCUAAAAGCUAAAUUACCAUUCGACGCCAACAAACUAUAUUGCAGCGAAAUAUUAUCCAUUUUGCUUCAAGGCACACCAGAAAAUCGGCAACUUCUGGGUGAAAUCGACGGAAUUGAUAUUUUGCUUCAACAGUUAGCCAUUUUCAAGCGGCAAGAUCCAAAAACAGGAGAAGAACAAGAAAUGAUGGAGAAUUUGUUCGAUUGUGUUUGUUCCAGUCUGAUUCACGUUCCCAACCGCGACAGAUUUCUGAAGGGAGAGGGCUUGCAACUUAUGAACCUCAUGUUGCGAGAGAAAAAAAUGUCCAGAAAUGGCUCGUUAAAGGUUUUGAAUCACGCACUUAGUGGUGAGGCCGGUAAAGAUAAUUGCACCAAAUUUGUGGACAUCCUCGGCUUAAGGACUAUUUUUCCGCUAUUCAUGAAAACGCCGCAUAAACUGAAGAGAAAGGGAAUGUCAGCAGAAGAGUAUGAAGAACAUAUCGUCUCGGUGAUUGCAAGUAUGCUAAAGUCGUGCCGAGGAUCACAGCGCACGAGACUACUGACGAAGUUUACAGAAAACGACCACGAAAAAACCGAUCGACUGAUGGAGUUGCACUUCAAAUACUUCGACAAAUUACGCGUGAUUGACGCUCAACUCCAGCGGAACGACGACGAAGAGGACGAGGACGAAAUGUACCUCAAACGGCUGGAAGGUGGACUGUUCACGCUCCAGCUGGUGGACUACAUUAUGAUGGAAGUUUGCGCCUCAGGAGCCGCAACCAUCAAGCAGCGCGUUUUGCAUACGCUUAAUUUGAGAGGAGGCACAGUCAAGACAAUUCGUGAAAUAAUGAGAGAGUACGCAGGAAAUCUUGGCGAUGGCAGUGAAAGCGAAGCGAAAGAAGAAGAGAAACAACACAUCCUUCAGCUCUUGGACAAGUUUUAAGAUCACUCAGCAGUCGUAACUACAAUACAAAUUUUCCAAUCGAGA